AUGUAUGAGCAGUCUUCGACGAAUACACCAUCCGCAGCAGUGGGCUCUACCGCUACCCAGAGCUCUGCAGACCUACAGCAGCAGCAACUUCAGUUUGCGCAGGAAUUUUGGAAGGAGCAGAUUGUGACCGCAGAGCAGUUCGAUUCCGACUUUAAGAACCAUCCCCUACCGCUGGCACGUAUUAAGAAAGUUAUGAAGUCAGACCCUGAGGUCAAGAUGAUCUCGGCCGAAGCCCCGUUUCUUUUCUCAAAAGCCUGCGAGAUUUUUAUCUGCGAGAUUACACGUCGGGCUUGGUUGCAUGCCGAGGAGAACAAAAGGAGAACAUUACAGAGGAGCGAUGUUGCCAAUGCGGUCUCACGCUCAGAUCAGUUUGACUUUUUGAUUGAUAUCGUACCCCGGGAGGAGCAGCUGAAACCUUCGAAGCGGUCGACGACACGCGAGGAUGCAGUACCUAGCGUAUGUCUGUCAUUGCGCUUUUCUUUUUUAUGCUACGACAGCAGCGAAUACAUCUAUGUCGCGGAUUCAUGGGCAUCCGAUUAA